AAACGGCAUAAAGUCCGGCGGGAAGGCAGACUAUUCCGAUGUGACAAGCACACUCUUCGUUAAUCAAAUAUGGUAAAAAGAUUUAAAUAUUUUUCUUGAGAUAUUUUGUGCAGAUUGAGUUUAAAAAAAAUGUGUGGCUCUUGUCAUCUUCCACCAAAUCACACAAGGCUCCAAAAAAAAAAAAAACAUUUUCCUCCAGCUUCUUUGGAGUCAUCUUCUUUAUUUCAUUUUCUUCUCUUUCUCUGUGAUCCUUAAACCCUUUCCAUGGCCUCUAUCUCCAGAGUUCUGCCAACAGAUGGCAGAUUAAGUCAUUGCACUUCAUGGGUUCCUGUAACUCUUGUGAGGAGAGCUCAAACUCCACCUGAUUCUCUCAAGUUGUUUCCCGUUAGUAAAGCUGGAGUAAGUUUAAGGAUUCAGAACAGUAGUAGACCGUUACGCUCUGUCUUUGCUCUCGAGUCACCUUCCUCCAGGAGCAGCCGAGUUGCUUGCAAUGCUGCUGCAGAUUUGUCAGGUGAUGCACCUGAAAGCACUCCUAAGGAACUGAGCAAGUACGAGAAGAUUAUUGAGCUUUUGACCACCCUUUUCCCACUUUGGGUUAUUUUGGGAACACUUGUUGGCAUCUUCAAGCCAUCUUUUGUUACAUGGUUGGAAACAGACCUCUUCACUCUUGGUCUUGGCUUUCUCAUGCUCUCCAUGGGAUUAACUCUUACUUUUGAAGAUUUCAGAAGAUGUUUACGUAAUCCCUGGACGGUGGGUGUUGGUUUUCUUGCACAGUAUAUGAUCAAGCCAGUGUUAGGUUUCCUCAUCGCAAUGACUCUUAAGCUUUCGGCACCUCUUGCAACUGGUCUUAUCUUGGUCUCAUGCUGCCCUGGAGGACAGGCGUCAAACGUUGCCACCUACAUUUCUAAGGGCAACGUAGCACUCUCUGUACUCAUGACAACGUGUUCAACCAUUGGAGCUAUUAUAAUGACUCCUCUUCUCACUAAGCUUCUUGCUGGCCAGCUUGUUCCUGUUGAUGCUGCUGGACUAGCUCUUAGCACUUUUCAAGUAGUGUUGGUGCCUACUAUAGUUGGAGUUCUGGCUAAUGAGUUCUUUCCUAAGUUUACGUCGAAGAUUAUAACAGUGACACCUCUAAUAGGAGUCAUUCUGACCACUCUUCUCUGUGCUAGCCCGAUUGGACAAGUUUCAGAGGUUUUGAAAACUCAAGGAGGUCAACUUAUACUCCCAGUAGCACUCCUUCAUGCUGCGGCCUUUGCUAUUGGCUAUUGGAUUUCAAAGUUCUCUUUUGGCGAGUCCACUUCCCGCACCAUUUCUAUAGAAUGUGGAAUGCAAAGUUCAGCGCUGGGGUUCUUGCUUGCACAAAAGCAUUUCACAAAUCCUCUGGUCGCUGUUCCUUCUGCAGUCAGUGUUGUCUGUAUGGCGCUCGGCGGGAGUGGAUUAGCUGUGUUCUGGAGAAACCAACCGAUUCCGGAAGAUGACAAGGAUGACUUCAAAGAGUGAAAAGCUAAUCUGUGUCUAUGGGAUUGUCUUGUUUGUAGACAUGCUCCCUUGUGUUUGAUUAAAGGACAUAACACAAGAUCUUUAUUAAAAAAAGA